GUUACAUAAUAUCGACCAAUGGCAUUGAGAGCAGCGAAUUUAAAAUGAGCCGCGGCCACGUUUCCGGUUCAUACCAAAACAUCUUUGCCCUUGCGAGGCUGAGACUGAACGAGCUGGAAUAAGGCGACGACGAAAUGGCUCAUAUCAGUGCAGAGCGUGAAAACCAAAACGUUUCUUUCAAACCAGAGCUAUCAUUGAAGACGCCACUGAAAUCCAUGAAAACUCCUCUCCGUCCUCCUGGUCGAAAGGCUUUCGGGACUCUCAACACGCAGUUUUUGAACACCCCUCUUGCCAAUAGGCAGGAGAAGACUACUGAGAAGCUUCAGGAAGCCAAAGUCAAGCAUGCACCUCAGAAAAAAGCAGAAGACUAUCCACCGAUUGAAAAACUCAUUCCCUAUGAUCCAUUGGAGUUUCAGAAAUACAGCAUUCCAGAGGAUAUAGUUCCUCUCGGCAGUCUUGCUCUGGCUGGUCUGGCUUUCCCACAAGGGCUUCUUCCUCCAUCCAAAGACGACCCGCAUCCUUACCUGCCUCCGCUCCCAAGCAUGUCCCCUGAGAGAAUGCCACAACGCUUUGAUGGUUCAUCAGAGUAUGACACAUUCCUCCAAACAAUUGAUGAGCUGACCAUUGAGUUACCCCCAGAGCCCGACACUGACUAAAGUGUUUAGUCAGCUUUCUGCUCGUACUGUGACCUUUUAGAAUUUGUUUUACAGUAUUAAGCAUUUGUUUUUAUUUAUCUACAUUGUGUGUCACUUUUUAAAGCAGUUGCAUAAACGUCUUUGGAAAAACUA